CGGUCCCACCGCCCCUUUAAAAGAGAACCCGGCCCACCGCCUGCCGCGGCGGCGACCGCGCAGCCCACUCGUCACGCGGCCCGCAGCGUCCAGCCCGGGCCGGCUCACCUCAGGCGGUCGCUGCCGCCCUCGCGCCUGCGCGCCCCUCGCCCCGCCCCUCUCCCCGCCCGCGUCCCGCGCACCGCAGGCCUCUGCCCCUCGCCCACCGCAGGACCCGCCCCGCGCACGCGCCGCACGUGCCACACGCACCCCACGCCCCUGCGCACGCGCAGGCCCCAAGUCGCGGCCAAUGGGCGACGCGGCCGCAGAUCCGCCCGGCCCCGCCCUGCCCUGUGAGUUCCUCCGGCCGGGCUGCGGGGCUCCGCUCAGUCCGGGAGCGCAGCUGGGCCGCGGCGCUCCUACCUCCGCCUUCCCACCGCCCGCAGCUGAAGCACAUCCCGCAGCCCGGCGCGGACUCCGAUCGCCGCAGUUGCCCUCCGGCGCCAUGUCGCAGAACGGAGCGCCCGGGAUGCAGGAGGAGAGUCUGCAGGGCUCCUGGGUAGAACUGCACUUCAGCAAUAAUGGGAACGGGGGCAGCGUUCCAGCCUCGGUGUCUAUUUAUAAUGGUGACAUGGAAAAAAUACUGCUGGACGCACAGCAUGAGUCUGGACGGAGUAGCUCCAAGAGUUCUCACUGUGACAGCCCACCUCGCUCACAGACACCACAAGAUACCAACAGAGCUUCUGAAACAGAUACCCAUAGCAUUGGAGAGAAAAACAGCUCACAGUCUGAGGAAGAUGAUAUUGAGAGAAGGAAAGAAGUUGAAAGCAUCUUGAAGAAAAACUCAGAUUGGAUAUGGGAUUGGUCAAGUCGGCCGGAAAAUAGUCCCCCCAAGGAGUUCCUCUUUAAACACCCGAAGCGCACGGCCACCCUCAGCAUGAGGAACACGAGCGUCAUGAAGAAAGGGGGCAUAUUCUCUGCAGAAUUUCUGAAAGUUUUCCUUCCAUCUCUGCUGCUCUCUCAUUUGCUGGCCAUCGGAUUGGGGAUCUAUAUUGGAAGGCGUCUGACAACCUCCACCAGCACCUUUUGAUGAAGAACUGGAGUCUGACUUGGUUCGUUAGUGGAUUACUUCUGAGCUUGCAACAUAGCUCACUGAAGAGCUGUUAGAUCCUGGGGUGGCCACGUCACUUGUGUUUAUUUGUUCUGUAAAUGCUGCGUUCCUAAUUUAGUAAAAUAAAAGAAUAGACACUAAAAUCAUGUUGAUCUAUAAUUAUACCUAUGGGAUCAAUAAGCAUGUCAGACUGAUUAAUGUCUACUGUAAAAAAUUUGGUAGUAAAUUUUCAUUUGAUAUUAGAUAUAAAUAUCUGAAUAUAAAUAAUUUUAAUAUACUAGUCAUGAUGUGUGUUGUAUUUUAAAAAUUAUCUGCAACCUUAAUUCAGUUGAAGUACUUUAUAUUUCGAAAGAAUGAAUAACAUUGAUAAUAAAAUCGCUACUUUAAGGGGUUUGUCCAAAAUAUUGUGGCCUUAUAUAUCACACUAUUGUAGAAAGUAUUAUUUAAUUUAAAUGGAUGCAGGUUGUCUACUAAAGAAAGAUUAUACAUAACUAUGCUAAUUGUCCAUAAUCAACAGAAACCAAGAUAGAGCUACAAACUCAGCUGUACAGUUCGUACACUAAACUCUUCUUGCUUUUGCAUUAUAAGGAAUUAAGUCUCCGAUUAUUAGGUGAUCACCCUGGAUGAUCAGUUUUCUGCUGAAGGCACCUGCUCAGUAUCUUUUCCUCUUUAUCACUCUGCAUUGGUGAAUUUAAUCCUCUCCUUUGUGUUCAACUUUUGUGUGCUUUUAAAAUCAGCUUUAUUCUAAGCAAAUCUGUGUCUACUUUAAAAAACUGGAAAUGGAAAAAAAAAUAAAUCUUUGCCAAAUCCUUCA